CCCUUCCCCUCCCCGCCCCGGUUCCUUGGCCCCUCCCCGCCCUUCUCUUUCCCCCCUCCUCUUUCCUCUCUCUUUCUCGCUACAGAAGCAGAAAACCAUGGAUCGUUAGCUCCUUUUGAUUCCACCCGUUUUGGACCCGCGGCUGUAGUCUCUAGCUCGAGAAAUUAGAGGCCUCCUUGUUGUCGUCGUCGUCGUUGCUGUUUUCCUCUGCUUCCUGGUCCGUGUUUCAUAUGGAUACGAAGCCGAGUGUUGUCGCCAGGCAUGGAGUGCUGAGGCUCCCCCCUGGGUUCAGGUUCCACCCCACUGAUGAGGAGCUGGUGGUGCAGUACCUCAGGACGAAGGUCUUCUCAUGCCCAUUGCCUGCCUCCAUCAUCCCUGACAUCAAUCUCUCAAACUUCGAUCCAUGGGAUUUGCCAGGUGGGUGCGAAGAGGAGAGAUACUUCUUCAAUCUACGGGAGGCAAAGUACACGAAGGGGAGCCGAUCGAACCGGGCGGCGAGAUCCGGGUACUGGAAGGCCACGGGGAAGGACAAGCAGAUCACGUCGUCUCGGUGCAGCCAGGUGGUCGGGAUGAAGAAGGUUUUGGUGUUCUAUCAGGGGAAGCCCCCAACCGGUACCAAGACGGAUUGGAUCAUGCAUGAGUACCGCCUCACCGGCCCUGACACCACAGCCUGCAUCUUCCCCCAGAGAAAGAACUCAUCUCAAAGUUGUGUGGCCGUCCCAAGCGGAGACUGGGUGCUCUGUCGCAUCUUUAAGAAGAAACGAGCUACCAAGAUGGAGGCGGAGACCGACGACGGAGGCACGAAUCAUGGAGUUGGUUUCAUCGACUUCAUGGGGCAGCGAGAUAGAGAUCGGAGCCAUUCUGCAUCCUCCAUAUCUGAGACGAGCUGCGUCACCGAGCUCUCCUACGGAAGCAGCAGUGGAGAGGAAACCAGUUCCGGCACAUCACUUCCGUAGUGAACAGGCCUGCCUAGAAACCCUCUGUAUCAGUGUAUCAAAACUUAGAGCCGCCUCCUUUUUUCCUCUCUCGGAAGCCAAAGUCCAAAUAACCUUUGAGCUGAACUCUGGGAAUUCUACUACUCUUCUUCUUCAUCUCUUGUAAGCGUUCAUCUUCAACAACUUAGACGCGAGAGAGCUUCAUGGAGCAGCUGAACCAGUAGUUAAUGUGCAACGAAUGUUCGAUCUUAAUGAAAUCACAUGCUUCGGCUA